UGGUCUUUUCGCUCCAAUGAAGACGGUAUAUGUCGAUGUUAAUGGUGUUUAGGUCUCAAGUAGGAAGGAAGUUCUUGUUUAACAGAACUUCCAGCUCUGUGGCUUGCUCCAUAAAGCGUGUUUCAACGUCGUUGCCUAUACCAACCUCAUCGCAGAGAACCUCACUUCACAACUCGUCCAAAAGUCAACACUCGGGCCAGAUACAUCUCAGAGAUUAUCAGCAGGAAUGUAUAGAUCGGUGUUUAGCGAGCUUGGAAUCUGGAAAGAGGAAAAUUGCCGUUAGUCUGCCCACUGGCGGUGGUAAGACUGUUAUCUUCGCAUCGUUGAUCAACAAGAUAAGACAAAUGAACGACGAUGUUGGUAAGACACUGGUGCUCGUGCACAGGAAGGAACUCGCAAUCCAGGCAGCACAGACUUGUAAGAACCUGUGCCCAGGUAAGAGAGUUGAAGUGGAAAUGGCUGAGUAUAAGGCUACCGAAUAUGCUGAUAUAGUGAUUGCCUCUGUGCAAACCUUGGUCAGGGGAAGAAUACAAAACUGGGAUCCUCAUCAAUUCAAGACGAUUAUUGUCGAUGAAGCUCACCACUCAGCAGCUGAUAGCUACAAAGCUGUAUUUGACCAUUUCGAAGUUGAUAACCCAAAUUCUGACAUUGCACUAGUUGGAUUCUCUGCGACUAUGAGAAGAGAGGAUAACAAAGCGCUGGGUGAGGUUUUUGAAGAAAUUGUGUACCAUAUGGAUCUGUUAGACUUGAUAAAAAAAGAUCACUUGACAGAUGUCAAACUCACAACCAUUCGACUUGCUGAUGCUGAUUUGAAAGAUGUUGCUAUUGCACGUGGUGACUUUGUGCUGGGUGGUCUCUCUAAGGUCAUUAAUAAGCCCAGUAACAUCGACGUUGUCAUUGGAACAUAUCUCCAAUUUGAGAAGGACUAUAACGUGUCCUCUACUUUGGUAUUUGCAGUUGACAUUGGGCACGUUGAAUCUCUAUACCGAGGGUUUGAAGAAGCUGGUGUCUCUGUACGUGCAGUCACAUCAAAAACCAAGUUAAGGGACCGCCAAAUGUACGUCGAGGACUUCAAAGAGGGUAAAGUGUCUGUGUUGGUCAACUGUGGUGUCUUCACAGAGGGGACUGAUAUACCAAAUAUUGAUUGUAUACUGCUUGUGCGACCAACAAAAUCCAGAAACUUACUCAUUCAAAUGAUUGGUCGUGGUGUGCGUAAGCAUCAUUCCAAGGACUUUUGCCAUGUUGUCGAUUUUGUUGGGGUUGGCUCCAAGGAUCUUGUUAGUCUACCAACUCUCGGUGGACUGCCUAGUGACUUUGGACUUGAAGGUAUGUCAUUUGCAGAUAUGGAAAGGGUCAAAAGACAGCAAGACCACUUUGAACAGAAAAGAAAAGUGAAUGAAUCUGAAAGACGUCAAGGUGAACUGGUUACGAAUUUCACAAACGAAGAGCUGGAUGCCAUUUCUGGUCUCCAAUUUACAACUUUUGAAAGCCUAUCAAAUUUCCUAUCCACAAGCAAUAAUCUUUCUGACGAUGAAAUUGUUCGAUCGUUCGAUGAACCGUGGUGUCAUUCGCCUUCCAAGGGACUAUGGUUUUUGGUGUUCCCUGAGAUCAAACCUCAGAUACAUCUCAGAUUGCAGGCACAUACAUCUGGCAACUUCCCAGUAGAUUUCUACAAAGGGUUGAAAACUAAUGGAUUCGACGAUACUUUUAACAAACUGCAUUCGGAUGUCAGGCCAGGAACUGUGUAUACCCUUGAGCUGUACCAGGAAAAUGCAAAGUUUUUGAAGAAAAACCCAAGGAACUUCUACGUUACGAGAUUUAACAGACAGUUAAGUGCGCCGAUAUCUAGUGAUAUAAGGGUCCCACUAAUGAAGGGCUCACUCUUAGCGUCAGCCAUGUUGGGUGAGCACACAAGGCCAUCAAAGAGGAAGGGCUGGAGAUCAGAACAACCAACAAAACGCCAAGUCGCUGCAUUGGCAUCCUUACUCAUGUCCAAGUGCUUUAAGGACCAAACCAUCAGGGAACAGAUCGAAAAUAUCUUGCAAAAGAACUACACUAGAGGUGAUCUCAGCGAUUUCAUGGGCUCAUAUGCAAUCUUCAAGAUGAGUGGCUUGAAAGCCAUAGCAUCAGAAGUGGAGUCCAAAUUGCAUUUCACUUAGCUACGCUCCUGAGUGCUGUGCUACCGUUCACUCCAAUUGACUCACACACACCAUCACUUUGUAUAAAUCAUAUCGUAUACUUCCAUAUUCUACUGCAAACUGCACCGUAUGCCCUCUAUGGCACCAAGGACAUCCAAACACCUAAUAAUCCGUACACCACAAACUGCUGUAGAAUGUGGCCGCACCACGGAGAUCAGGAUCUUCGCGCGUAGCUCUCCACUGAGCGCCAAC